CGCAGACGGAUGCGUGUGGCCUUCACUUGCAAUGUUUGCGGUCAACGAACUACUCGUGCCAUCAAUCCCCACGCGUACACCGACGGCACCGUAUUCGUUCAGGUAUUUUAUUUUUCCUCAUCAAAAGCAAUGGUGCCAUAUUAGUGUUAACUUCUGCCUAAGAUGCUUUCUGAAAUUGGGCUUUGAGGUAGGUGGUAAUGGCCUUGCACUCCAAUUUUAAUAUUUCCUCAUGGUUCUUUGCCUGUUUAACUGUUGUUGUAUGUUAAAUCUAAUCAUCUUACCAUUUAGCUGCAUGUCUCUCUUUUAGGACCCUUUUCUCUGAUGGCAAGUCCAAGCAUAUGUACUAGAUUUAAUUUAGUUGGAGUCCCUGUAGGUGAAUGUGUUUUAGUCCCAGCAAAACAUUAUCUACUCCAAAACUUUCCUGGUUGUAGUUGGCUUAAGUUAUAUGUAAGAUUUAGUAGGCAUCUCUCUGGUCAUAAGACCAUAUAGAAUGAUUAUGUACAUUCUACCUGCUGCACUUAGAUAAGCUUUUUUGGGCAAAGUUUUCAAGUUAGAUUGAGGAUGCUAUUAAGACCUAUACUAGAUAUGGUUAACGGGAGGACGAAAUCAUAAUUUUGUAUAGAUGCAGAUAACCAUCUCUCUUGGAGAAAUUGACUACAUUUCAGCUCAGAUAAAGAGGUAGGUCUCUCGAGAUCCAUGGGCCUUUCCCCCACCUUUUAGGCCACAGCUAGCCAUUGUAUUAAGGCAAUAUAUGGAGUUAGUAUAUAAGAAAUGGUUUUCCAACCAUAUCACCUUAGAAUUAAGGGAGUUGUUAGAAAUUGGAACAUUCAUUGGGGGGACAUAGCAUACUUGAAAUUUCAAACUAAUGGAUGGGGGUAUUGUAUCAUCAAUCCUAUUGGUUAGAAAUGGACUUAAAAGGUGAAGCUUGGAAAGAUUCCUCUAAUUAUAGCCUUGGAUUUUUUUCUUCUGUAAGACCCAACACAAACUUUUAAUCCCGAUUGGCCUUGGCAAUAAAUUCUGACCCUAUACUGAUUACAACCAUGUCAUUAUCUUGAGAGUGAAAAUUGGGAGUUUCAAAGCUUUAGACAGAUUCAAAUACCCUUUAGAUAGAAAUCAUUGGAUUUUCAAUGUUUAUCUUCGAUGGUAUCUGGAUUUUGUGGUAACUCUACUCUCGAAGUGGUCGUUUUGUCGCAAUACGCAAAAAUCUUCUUGUUGUCUGGGCCUCUGCAAUGUGCACCACAUUUGGGGGUUGCCCAAUGCCCUGAGAGUGACAAAAAUAUCAACUCCUUGAUGGCAACCUGUACCACUCUUUUGUAACAGGUGUCUGGUAACAAAGGAAUCAAAGAUAGCCUGAAUUUCUCCUUCCGAUUGGAGCUAAUCGGCAGUUCAUGGUUAUAACGCUGCUAUAACAAGAACAAAAAGGACCCCAAUGUCAAAUUAACUACAAUUAUUUGUUGAAAUUUCACUUUUGAGACGGAAGAUAGAGGUAAAAAAUAAAAGAGAACGAGUAAGAGUAAGAGUAAGAGUUGCGAAAUAGGUUGCGUUGGCUGGUUCAUAAUGCAAAAGCAAUCCACUUCGUUUAAUUUGGCAUACUUUUCCUAAUCUCAUCCUAUUCUCUACCACACAUCGAGGGCCCAUGCCACGUUGUGGGAUAGUAUCUGGGGCCGGCCAAUCAUAUGAAUUCUGAGCAGAUAACCCAUUUCUCCACCCAUUCACCCUGUCAUCCUGAUAAUCACAUAUCCCUCCUGAAAUUCAAACCACACAAAUCAAGCCUCAUAUUAUUAAAAGCCAACCUCUAUGAUUCCGUUUGAUUUCCUCUCACUGCGACUCAGAACACAAUAGCACCUAUUUAUUCAAGUAGCUUUGCACGAUGGCCACUAUCACCUCCGCAGUUGUUGCUAUCCCAUCUUUCACUGGCCUCAAGGCUGGUGCAACACCAGCUAAAGUUAGUGCCACAGCCAAGGUUGCAGCCUCUCCAGUCCCAAGGCUCAGCGCCAAGGCCUCCCUCAAAGAGUUUGGUGUUGCUGUAGCCGCAACUGCUGCAAGCGCAAUUCUUGCCAGCAACGCCUUGGCCGUUGAAGUCAAGCUUGGUGGUGAUGAUGGGUCUUUGGCUUUUGUUCCCAGCGAAUUCAGCGUAAGUUCUGGGGAGAAGAUUGUCUUCAAAAACAAUGCUGGCUUCCCACACAAUGUUAUCUUCGAUGAGGACGAAAUUCCAGGCGGUGUCGACGCCUCCAAAAUCUCUAUGUCUGAUGAAGACCUACUCAAUGCCCCAGGAGAGACUUACGCUGUUACCUUGACUGAGAAAGGAACUUACAGUUUCUACUGCUCUCCUCACCAGGGUGCUGGUAUGGUUGGAAAAGUGACCGUUAACUAAUUUAUUUUUAACAGUGUGUUCGUUGUCAUCUCAUACAUUUCCUGUGUUUUUUUUGAGUGAUAGAGUUUUUGAGUACUGGGGAUGAGAAAAUGUAUGAGGUGAACAUGAAAAGUAUGAUGCUUUUUGUAUCUUAAUAUCUUUCAUUUACUUUGAA